AUGUCGCAGACGGCUGUGAUGGCAGCUCUACCGUCUUUCACCGUCGUCCUGUCGGCGGCUAAUCCGGCCCGACGGAAAGCAAAAGUAAAGCCCAAUGAGAUACGGAAGACACGUCAGAGGCCAGAAGGAAACUCUCCGAUUACAGAGACAACCAGCGGCGGGAUUAAUCCUGGGUUUGGGAACAAAAAGAAAGAGCCUCUGUGGCAGUGUAUACAGAAGUGCGGUGCUUGUUGCAAGCUCGAUAAAGGUCCUUCUUUCCCUUCUCCUGAGGAAAUUUUCGAUGACCCUGCUGACAUUGAGCUAUUUAAGAGCAUGAUAGGUCCCGAUGGAUGGUGUUUGCAGUAUGAUAAGUCUACAAGAAGAUGUUCCAUUUAUGAUGAUCGUCCUUAUUUCUGUCGGGUGGACCCUGAUAUUUUCCAGACGUUAUAUGGAAUUGAGAAAAAGAAGUUCAACAAGGAGGCUUGCAGUUGCUGCAUUGACACGAUCAAAGCCGUGUACGGCGCAAAAUCAGAAGAGUUAAUCCAUUUUCUCUCGAAUCUAGUGUAUGUUAUUCUGGCUGCAGCUUUAGAGCUACUUAGAGACAGAUUCAGCUCACAAAUAGAUUGCUCAUGGUUCCCAUCAGUGAUCACGCCGUGGACUGCUAUGACCAGGAUGCUGGCUGAAUCUUCAAGUGUCGAGGAAGAAGGUAAUGUUAAUCAUCUCGCGUUUAAGUCCCUUCAUCGAAUUAGGGUGAGAAGAAUCGAUAUAACCUCCCGUGGACCUGAACCCGUCGAAAGGUUGGGAACCAUGGCUGCGCUUCCUGCACACCAAGUCGGACGGCCAGAGCCAAAGUUUGGAAAGGGAACCACUGCAUUGGGCCAUAUUUUCAGCAAAGAAGGGGGGACCGUGGUAGCGGUUGAUCAUCCACGCUUGUCAUCAUUUGGAGGAUUUCCCGAGAAUGUUGUGCAACUCCAUUUGCACCUGCUCGCUGCUUUUUCCGGAGGGAUCAAAGAUUCGCUCGAAUAUUUGCUCAAUGGGGUCUGCCAGAUAAGUGCCACGAAAUUUGAAGUCAAUGAGGGGAGAAAAGCUUCUGCUGCUGAAGCAUCGGAAUGGCUUGCUGACUUUCUGUCUCAUCAUGACAGUGACUUUGCUUUGUCACUAGGAGUGCUGAUUGCUGGGUGGGAUAACGAAUCGGGCCCUUCCCUGUAUAAAGUGGAUGGUAAGGGGAAAGUGCGGAAAGAAUCCUUAGCUGCAACUGGAUCUGGCUCAUCUGCUCGUAGUUUAAUUCUGGGGACCCUUCCCUUUCGCCGCCUUGGUAUUACCCUGCCAGAUGCUAAGGAGAUUGCCAAACGUGCAAUGGAGAGUGCCAAACGUGCAGUUUGUAUUGGUGGAUCUCAUGCCCCUGAACAAGGUGAAUGCAUCAGUGUUUUCCGUGUCGGAAGUGCCGGUGUUGAACUGGUGGUCUCUAAUGAUGAUAUAGAAGAGUGGCAGAGGCACCGCUGCAGCAAGACUGGGAGAAAUGGAAGAACCCGAAAGUCCACAAUAGUCGCCAGCCAUCUGAGACUUUAUAGGGGGGAAUGGGAAGGAAGAGGUCUCUGA